CUAACUGUCAGUUUAUCGGCGGUUUAUCACGUCCUUUUUUGUUGAUGGACGACCUUGAUCUCGUUGUCUCGCCUGGGAAAUCUCGUUACCCACUGACUGAUUUGUACUGACUGAUUUGUACUGAUCGCUCCACUGACUGAUCCAGCUACGGCUGAUAACUGACUGUCAGAUGUUUUUUUGGCGGGAAACUGUCCUCUGAGAUGAAAGCCUGAAGAGUGGAAUGUAUACGGAGGUGGCGCGUCUUACAGCGACGAUACCAACACAUCGAACCCAGCAGCCAGUCGAGACGCCGUCAGAAUCAAUGGCGUACGGCAGCGAUACGCAUUUACAAGAAACAACAACGAAUAUAAGAAAUAAACGAAAUAAAUCUACGUUAAAGCUUGCGUUGAUAUAUCGUGAUUCAGAUGGUCCAGAUCUUCAUAUAUAGGACGGCGGCCUGUAGAAAUGAUGUCGGACUGAGGAAGUAGAUGCCGUGGUCUCAAGCAACCCCAUCCCAAACUAAUGGCGGGAGCAGCACCAAGCAGUGAACAAAAACAUCCAGACUUUUCCAGAUGACACCCGAACUUGGAGAACAUUUUCUCCAAGUAAAAAACAUGGUUCCCAUACUUUCUUCUCUUCUGCAGAUAUCAAGAAAUUUUCUCUCCAACCUUUCCAUUUCACUCUGACGUCAGGAGUCGACGAAAGUGUGGUCUUCAAAAUGGCGCCGUUCAAGGCCCCUGAUGGAGGUUGGGGAUGGGUAGUAGUAUUCGCCUGUUUCAUGGUCAGGGUGUUCCUUUACGGGAUGACAAGCACCUCUGGCAUAAUUUACAUCAUCCUCCUGGACGACUUCGAGGCCGGGAAAGCAAAGACGGCCAUCGUCGGGUCUCUCAUCACGGCGUCAGGUUUCUUCAUCGGAACAUUCGCUGGAGGUUUAGUAAACAAAUUGGGAUGCCGUCCCGUCGUGAUUCUAGCUGGACUCCUCGCUGGCGUCGGACUGGGAAGCAGUAUGUUCGCUAUGAAUGUGGUGUACAUGAUCAUCACCUAUGGGGUGGUAACAGGUAUUGGUUUUGGCAUGUGCUACGUCCCAUGUAGUGUCCUAGUAUCUCAAUACUUCGACAAGAAGCGCAACCUGGCGCUUGGCUUGGCCUCCGGAGGCGGUGGCCUUGGCGCUUUCCUCUUCCCUAUCAUCCUGCGACAGCUCAUCGUAACGUUUGGUUGGCGAGGGACACUCCUACUCUGCGGGGGAAUGUCACUAAAUAUUUGCGUCUGUGGGGCGCUUAUGCGGCCGCCAGAUGGCUACAGCCUGGAGACGCAGUCCUGUGAGCGGAAAUCGGACGAGGAAUCUGAAACAGGCGAAGAUCGUGCCCCGCAUGAGGUAGAAAUGACGGAAAUCACCCUCAAGGUGCCAAUUGAGAAACUCGACCCUGAUACUGAGGAACCUUUGCUAAACGGAAAGGCCAACUCAGAAACCGGCGAAGUAGAACAAAAGAAAGUGAAAACAAAGAAAGCUAGUUUCUUUUAUUGGGACAUCUUCAAGGAGCCGAAGUUUAUCAUCUUUUGUGUGAAUAAUUUCCUCUUCUCCUUCGCGGCGUCCGUCGUCUACGUCCAUAUGAUGGCGUACCUGAAAGAUGUUUUGGACAUUGGGGAAGACCAGAGUGCUUUAUUGUUAACUGCUAUGGGUGCUACAAUUCUUGUGGCGAAAAUUGGUACAGGAUUCUUGGCCACGCAUCCACGGGUUGACGAACAUUGUUUAUACACUGUGUGUAUCUUUGCAACUGGUGUAGCAACUAUUGCAAUUCCAUUUGCGACCCAUUUUGCCAUCUGGGUUGCGUAUGCUUGUUUGUUUGGAGUUGGCUACGCGACGCUUGGAGGGUGCCUGCUGCCCGCCCUCUGCGUGCGAUACUGCGGCGUGAAGAGACUAUCCAGUUCUUAUGGCGCUUUAUUGUUGUGUGAAGGCGUUGGACACUUCUGUGGAGCCCCGUGUGCAGGUUAUCUCUAUCAAGUGACUGGUGUCUAUGCCAAUUCCUUCUACCUUGCCGGAGUAGUGACUGUGGCCGCAGCCCUCUUGGUCAUUCCUCCUUGGAAGUGCAUGAAGUCAAGUGCGUACGAAGUAGAAGUCGUUGAGGAUGAGGAGUUAGCUAAUAGUAUCUUAACAAUACCAAAGUCCCCAAUCGAAGCCAAGAAAAGCAUUCUAGACAUCCACAAGUCUUUCUUGAGCAUCUACGAUGUGGCGGUCAGCAGGGAGGACCUGUAUAAAGUAGGCCACCACCACUUGAUGGGCCACGCUGGCCAUCACCUAAAGGUAGAUCAACCCCAUGGAAGUCUGCCGAGGGCGAGGAAGUCCCCUGGUACACCUGAUUUGAGGAAACUUCUCCUUAAUCGUCGCCCGACCUUGUCUCAGAGUACGGAGUCAUUACGGACUAAAACGCUUCGGAAAGCUCUGGCGGGAUCGGAAUACUUUGGAGACGACUGUGCUCUGUCAAUUUCGAUGCCAAAAUUGGCUUGCUGAGCCUCGCCCUGCGCCUCCAAAAUAUCUAAAGGGUAGAGUUAGUGCAGGUGGAGAAUUGCUGAAUGAAAUCCCGGUACAGAUGAGACUCGUUUGAAAAAUAAGCGGCGCCUGGUGGUGACUUAGUUGCUUGACAUUUUUUUCGAUGCGCCAAACGCGUGGAUCUGCGCUGAGAGGAGAGUAAACUCAGUACUGUGCUUUAUAGCUAAGAAGUCAGUUGGCCCUUAACGACUUUGUGGUGUCAAUCGGCGGCAAUAAAUGAAUCUUACGAUUCAUCUCCCAGAUUCAACUUUCACAGAUCUGUUGUUUGUGUAGAGGAGAGGUGUCAUCUCAUUAAGAAGACAGAAAUGCGUUCUUAUGUCUUUGCCUGUGAACUUAUGAAGUGAAAAACGGCAGAAUUCGCUGCUGUGGUGUUGCGUUGUUUCUUGGUUAAGUUAAACAAACGUGAUAUAACGGGUGUCAGGAAGUGAAUACUGUGCCUUCUAGAAAAUCUCAUGGCUUUGACUAAAAAGAUUCGAAUCCUAUUAUAUAAUCGUAUACGAAAAAUAUGUUUCGUAAAAAGAGAGCCUAUCUGUUGUUCCAGCAUUGGUCAUCUGAUAUUAGUUCCAUGAAAUAGCUAAAAGGUACCGGUAUUGCUUCUGUGCGCCAGCAAGCAGAACGUUUCUCGGCAGACGUUCUGAAUAUCGAUUGGUUCCUUGUGAUAAAACGACGGAUGCCAGGCCCUACACGGAGGCACGAAAUUACCGAACUGGUAGAAUUUGGAACCAUUCUAUAUAUACAUGUAAACGUCAUCGAUCUCGUGAGAGUUAUAUGUUGCUAAAAAUAUUUCAAGUACGACCACCGUGAACGAGUGAUCGGAAACCAGUGUUCUAUCGUCAUAGAUCUGCAUUACAUGUAUGUUGUAUUAAAGGUUGUGUUUAUCAUGUGGAUAAUGUUAAAAUAUGAGAAAUUGUUAACCCAGUGACCGCUCAACAGAACUAAUCUUUGGUAACACGAGUAACAUGUAACCAAGGAUUGAGUGAUAGCGAUUUUUAACCACAUUGGUUAUUUAAAAAAUUGACCAUAUUGGCCAGUGAUUUCAAGUGAUAUAGUUGUGUCUGAGAAUGUGUGAGAAAAAUCGUAUCCGAAUGCAAUACAAGUGUACUCUGGUAUCCCCUCUAUAAGACUGUAUUGAUGCAUAUUUCUCCAAUACAAGACACAAAAGAAACAAGCGUCUCGGUGAGUUGUUCAUGUGACCUGGCAUUCAGCAUGGUCGUUUUGUAUUUACCUGAAAUCUUUCCGAAGUGCAUGCUAUAAAAAUCCAGACUGCUGGUCUUCUAGAGGCGAUUUUAGAGUAUAACAGUUUCCGUAUUCGAAGUGAGAUCUUAAUCUCACUAUUGUUCAUCAUAGAUCUGUCUUAAAAUGUCGUAACGUGCCACAAUAAUCAUUUGACCCAACUUUAUUUAGCUACUAGAUUUUAUGAAUUACAGGGUGUGGCCAGGGGAUUUGGUUGUUCAGAACUAAUAAGUCACAGACUUGGUGUUAGGUCUAUUGGAUUCAAAGUCGAAGGAUCCCCAAAUUAAGUUAUGCAUUUGACUUUACUUAUUUAGAACAACACGGCCCUGCCGAUUUUGUGAAAAGAUCUCUAAUCCGCGCAAUUGUUGUCAUCGUUUGUUUAUGAACCGAAGCAGUGCUUCUGCGCACACGGCGUAUAGGAAUCUGUGCGUGCAAUGUAUGAGAGAAUGAAGCACUUGUUGUGGUGCCGGUCAUAAAGGAUAUUCAUGAAGUGAUAUUCCUCAUUCCUGUCAUCUCGCAUCAUGUUAGCUGUGUGACUAUGUUUUUCCAUCCGUGCAUUUAUCAUGGACAUGAAAUAUAUAUUGGUAGUGAUGAUUUAA